AUGUUCCUUUUUUAUAUUUCAGCCGUAAGUGCCUACACUUCAGCUCUAAAGUCUUCAAUUAUGUACUGUACGGAGUUCCAACCCAAACUGCUUGCCUCUCGCACGAUCUCUAACGUGAAAACAGACGAAAUAUUCACUAAUCUUCUCAUGCAAGAUGGAAGAAUAGACCUCAUCGGGGAUGACGAGACAUGUUAUUCGAGGAGAGCAGUGCUUGAGUGCUACGGGAAAGUCAGCGGUACUCCAGUCAAGCACUGCAGUGAAAUAUUUCUUGGUGCGAUUGAUGAUCAGGAGAGUACUAAUUCUAUUCUUGUCGUUGGAAAAGCAGGGAUUGGGAAAUCCCUGUUUUGCCAGAAGGUGACUCGCGAUUGGGCCAACAACGAAUUAUUUCAAGCACGAGAAAACACUGAAAUCCCCAAUUUAAAGUUUGUGUAUUUGCUUACUUUCCGUCAAUUGAAUUUGCUUGAAAAUGACUGUGUGACUUUAAGAGAAAUCUUAAAUUGUUGUUCGGCUCUGGAUGACAAAUGUAACAUUGAUGACUCUACAUUUGAGUACAUUUUAAAGCAUCCCAAGGAAGUUAUGAUCAUCCUCGACGGCUAUGAUGAGUAUUCACAGCAAGACUACAUCGCUGGAAACUUAGAAGAACAGCAUCCCAAUAACGCUAGACGUAAAAUGCCGGUGGCCGCAUUAUGUUCAAAACUCAUUAAAGGGAAAAUCGUGAGAGGGGCUAUCGUCAUGAUUACCUCGCGACUAGAUGAAUCGGAUAAGAUGGGAGGAAUCCGUUUUAAACGGUACGUGGAAAUUGCGGGAUUUUCGACAGAACAAGUAAAAGAGUACAUUGAGAAAUACUUCAAGAACGACGAAAAUAUGAAGAACGCUGUACUUAAACAUGUCAUGAACAAUGAGAACCUUGUCAGUUUUGCUCAUGUUCCUAUGCUCUGUUAUCUGUUGUGCUUCGAGAUGGAGUAUACCCUAACCGAAUCAGAAAAUCCUGAUGGCCUUCCUGCCUCAACAACCGACAUUUACAACAAACUUCUUGGUAUUUUUGAACUUAAACACUGCGCCGAGUCAAAAUACAGACGGGACGAAAUUCCUGAGCACUUCAAGCACCCUCCUGUCAUCAAGAACACAUUAGAGAAAUUAUCAGAACUAGCGGCUAAACUGCUGGUUGAAGGAAAGCCAACUUUUGAUGAAAGCGAGAUGGAAGGCGAGUUUGAGCUAGAAGAGGUCAACAAACUGAAAGGUAGCGGUCUUCUUUACUGUGGUCAGCCUAUUAGGACUGCACUGAUUACAACCACGAAGCACUUUAGCUUCACACAUCUGACCGUCCAAGAAUUCUUGGCCGCUCGCUGGUUUGUAAAGGAGAAUCGUGUUCCAGACCCGGCGAAAUGCUCUGAAAUGGUUUUCCAAUUCAUGGCCGGCGUGUUAUCAAAUGAGAAAAAUGAGAAAAAUGAGAAAAACGAGGAACUGAUGGAAAAAUUAAUAGAUUUACCCAUGACUCCUCAUCUUAGAUUAAGGUGUCUUAAAGAGUAUCGAGACAAAGAAUUUGUUAAACAGUUCAUGAGGAAGAAUCCCCAAGCGUUUUUUCAAUCACACGGCGUCAUGGUUUUCGAGUGUUUCUCAGAUGUACUCUGCGUUGAAGCAUCAUUUUUGUUGGACAUUAUCAGUGAACUAAAUAAAGAGGAAGCUGGAGAGGCACAACACAAAUAUACUGAUACGUUUUUCACAGUUAAGAGUUUAGGACUUGUCGGACCACGUCUAACACUGUCUGGAAUACAACGAGUCUGUAAUUCACUGAAGAAUGAACACUGUCUUGUGUCUCUACUUAGAUUAGUGAAAAUUAACUGGAGUGAUGAAUAUGUUGAUUUUAUUAAUCGAUUAUUAGUAAGGAGGUUAACCACACUAAUUCUGAAUGAUAUUAAGAUCACUGAUAGCGGUGUUGCCAGGCUA